UUUAAUUUUCUCAUCAAAGAUAUAUUGUUUCAAAUCUCAAACCAAAUCUGUGAUUUCACUGAAAACAUAUCAACAAGCAUAAUGUCAGGCUGGUCAGCUGAAAAUGCCAAGAGAGCUUAUCUUCAAGCACUCAAAAUGGCCAAAAGGGGCAAAGAACCUGAUGUAUCUGAGUUCAUAUCUGCAUUGGCAGCAGGGAAGAAUGCAACAUUCAUGGUGGCAGUUUGCGCCGGCACGGCCGGCUCCACCACGCUAGCACUGGCUGCGGCCGCCCAUCAAACAGGCGGCCGAGUGGUGUGCAUUUGUCCCGGCUCGAAUGAGCAAGAUGGAUCAAGAAAAGCACUAGGAGUUUAUGGAGACUCUGUUGAGUUUGUUGUGGGAGAUGCAAGAACCCUUUUGUUAGGUGAAUACAAAGGCUCUGAUUUUGUGCUUAUAGAUUGUGACAUCACAAAUGCAAGAGAGGCUUUUAUGGCUGCAUUCAAAGGGGCAAAGAAAGAUGGUGCAAUUGUUGUUGGAUACAAUGUGAGGCAUAGAGCUUCAAAAUGGAGACAAAUGAAGGGUUCUUUUUUGCCUAUUGGAGAAGGGUUGCUUGUUACAAAAGUAGAUUCAAAUAGUAUAGUUAAGAGUCAUGAUGAGAAGGUUGAACAAAGAAGGAAGAGCCAUUGGAUUGUUCAAGUUGAUAAGUGCACUGGGGAGGAACAUAUUUUUAGAGUUACCUCUCCUAACAGAAAAUUACAGAUUGAAGUUUGAGGAUUCAAUCUUAACACAUAAUGCAAAGAUGCUAAAUGAGUAGAGAUAGAGUGAAAAUCUGUCCACAUAUUUUCUCAUCUUUGUAUUUGUAUUUUUUUUUUCUUUAAAUAAGUUUGUGUCUUUUAAUAUUUAUGAUUAGUUGAUUUAGAAUUGUAAAGUAGAAAAAGAGCUUCUUGCUCUUAAAUUGCAUCUUAUUUGUAUU